UAACCUAACCAAGACAAGUUGACAACACGAGAAACCAAUUGAAUUCAGCUGCCCUAAUAUCUCAUCUCCCUUGAAAUCUCAAGAGAGAGAAAGAGAGAGAGGGACGAACAAGAGAGAGAAAGCACCGGCUCUAAGCUUACUAGCUAGUGUGAUCCUGAUAGCAACACACACAGAAAAGGAGAGAAAAAAGAGGCACCACACACACACCACAAACACGCAAGCACAAGCAAACAUCUCCCAAGCAAGAACACCACCAAGAACCUUCAUUUGCCUUCUUCCAUCCCUUACGCUAACGCUUAGCCGCUGCUGCUGCGGCGAAGGGAGGGGCUAGCUGCAUCGAUCUAUGGAGGCGCGGGCAGCGUCGGCGCCGGACCUGUCGCUGCACAUCAGCCUGCCGAGCAGCGCCGCCUCGCCGCCGCCGUCGACCGCGCCGGGGCGGCUGGGCGCCGCUGGUGGUGGGGCGCGAGGCGCCCCGGCGGCGGGAGGGGACCCGUGGCGGCGGCUGAACGGAUCCACUGCUUCCACCGAGCUGUCCCUGUCACCGCCGCCCCGGCAGGAGGCGGCUGGUGACGCCCUGCCGUGGCGGUUGCGCCCGCCGGCGGCAAAUUACUCAUCCUCCGCCGCCGCCACGGCGGAGGCAGCGUCGUCGUUCGUGCCAGCGACCGUGCCGCGGUUCUCGCUUGACGCGGCGGCGGAGGCGCAGGUGGCGCGGGCGCGGCCAAUCAACGGGGUGCCCGUCUACAGCAGCCCGCGCGCCGCCGGGCACCCGUUCCUAGGCGCCGCUAGCGACUACCGCCAUGGCCACCAAAAGGUCGGGCUCUACAACCCCUACCACCACGCCUCGUCGUGGCCCUCGUCCCUGCGCUCCGCGACGGCGACGUCCCCUGCCGUGGCGUCCGACCCCGGGGCGACGGCGUUCCUCUCGCCAUCCGCGUACCACCGGAUGCUGUCCGGCACCAGCCGUCUCCACCUCCACGGCGUGCUCGCCGACACACUCCGCGGCUACGGCGGCGGGCACCACCACCAGCAGCAGCCGCAUCUGGGCAGUCUGGCGUCGGCCCGCUACAUGCCCAAGUUCCCGGCGUCCCGGCGCGGCAUGCGCGCUCCGCGGAUGCGGUGGACGAGCAGCCUCCACGCGCGCUUCGUCCACGCCGUCGAGCUCCUCGGCGGCCACGACCGGGCGACGCCCAAGUCGGUGCUGGAGCUGAUGGACGUGAAGGAUCUGACGCUAGCUCAUGUGAAGAGCCAUUUGCAGAUGUAUAGGACCGUGAAGAGCACUGACAAGCCUGCGACCUCCUCAGGUCCGGUGGACGGCGGUGGCUCCGGCGACGACGAUCUCCCGGUCCCGGAUGCCGGGCAGGCUCCGUCAGCCGGCGGGGACACCAGCCCGCAGACCAUCACCGGACACCGGUCGGCGUCCUCGGAGGGCGCGGCGAGCCAUGCUGGCGGCGACGUUGAGUGCUCCUCAGCCGACGAUUCCGACGGCGGCCAGCCGCGCAGCGGCGCUUCAUCAAGAGAUCAAUGGUUGCCACCAGGUGCAUGCAAUGCGGAAACCCAUAAUUCAGUUGGCAUAUCAUCCACCAUUGAGGAUAUGGAGCCUUGUGGGUCUGUUGGCUUGCAACAGGUAGCCAACCAUGAAGUGAGCUGCCCUAGCCCUAGCCUGGAGUUCACUCUGGGGCGACCGAACUGGAACCGUAUGGAACAUGACUAGCAGUGCUAGCUAGACGUGUGCAUUCGAUAUUACUUCAACACUUCAACUAUAUAUACUACUUACGAUACUUCAAUCGGUCUUUGCAACGUCAAGAUUUUUAGCAAUGUGAUGAGCCAAAAGAUGGGAUAUUAGUUUUGUGUUGGUCAGAAGAACACAUCAUAGUCUUGCUUUGGCAGUUCGGCUUUUUACCGUUAGUUUUUGUUACAUUUUUGGCCUUUCUUGGGCACAUGAAACAAAGGUAUAUAUAUGGUAGUUUGUUCAUGAGGAUAAUGUAGAGAAGGGAGCUUAAAAAAUUAUGUACAUCAUGGGGUGGGUGACUAACGAAUGUAUCAUGUGGCAUGUACAAAGAAAAAGGAAAUCUGACCAGACGAUGAUUUCUCCUUUUGUUUUGUAAUGCAUAUGUAUCCACAUGCUUAUUUCUUUUGUUUUCU